CCCGGACAGUAUCUUCUUGGGGACAGCCAGCAUGCUCAGGAGGGGUUGUGCAACAAAGGCAACCACCACAGUCUGAAGUCUUUCCAGUCGUAGUGGGAGAGGAUGAUACUCCCCAAUGCGGAGAAGGAGGCGAAGAGGAACUUUUCGAAGACGAAGGGGAGUACAACGAAGAAGGUGAAGGAGAGGAAGAGACAGGAGAUGAAGAGAAAGAAGAAGAGGAAGACGGAGAGGCAGGAGAAGGAGCAAAAGAUGAAGAAGAAGCCGACGAAGAAGAAGAGGAUGAGGAAGGAGGAGAAGAAGACCCAAUGGAGGAGGCCUGUUCGCGAUGACUUCAAGUUGUCCUUCUGGGCCGUGUACAUCACAACUGGUCUUGCCUAUCUUCACGUUGCCCACAUGCACAACCUCGCCGCCGGCUACCAUCGAGACUACAGCUUCAUCGAGAAGCUCAGGUGUUGGCGACAAGUCUUUGAGUGCAUGGGGUCUGUCAAGUCGGCAGAAGUUAAACUCAUUUGCUUGAAAGAAGCUAUGAUUCCGAACGCGGCGAAGAAAUUGGGAGCCCAAGAUGCGUUGCUGCAGUGUGCUUUCAAGCCCAAAGAAAUUUGGGACCUCAUGUACAAGAUAAUGAAUAUGUGGCAGAAGGGUGAGGUCAAAGGCCAAAAACUGAAGCCGGCAACGAAAAACAUCCUGAAAUCGGAUCAGGAUCUGGAAUCGAGCGAGUCGGAGGACGGAAAGAAAAGCCAGCGUGUGAAGAGGGUUGAAAGGGCAGCUGCGAAGGAGCAAGAGAUGGCUCUUUUGCACCCUCCGGUGCAAAUGCAGGGUAACAAAGUCCCCAUGGUCGCCGACGACAUGCCCGUGCAACAUUGGAUAGCCAUGGGUAGUAUGGCUCAAGAGCACGCCGUCCCUAUCCUCCUUGAGAUGGAGAAGAAGUUCCAGCUUGUCAAGCAAGUCGCGUACGUCUGCAAGGCCUUCGMAGUGGGGGUGGGUUGUGCUGACUUCAAGGAGGCCGAGAAAYASUAUCCUCUCCACACGAAGAAAGACAUGUUGGAGAAGUUUGUCAGUGGCGUCAGGAGGGGUCAGAAGAGUAUCCCCGCACUGGAUGGCUAUAUUAAAAGGGCUUUGGACUGGAAGAGUAAGGAGAGGAGACUGCAAGCAAAGGAGGCUCUUCACGCGUUCCGUUCGACACCUCUCACGGAGCCCUUCGUCGACUGGACGGAGGUGAAACAUGAGAACGACGCGGCGAAAGUGAAGAUUAUCAACAACGACAUACGCCUGCUGUCAAAGCUGGAGACGGAGAAGCUGCCAAUAUCUCUGGCGAUUUUCGACUUCCCUUAUGGCUUCGCGCACGAGGGACAUGCGUCUGAUCAUGAGCUGUUUCCGGAGUCGGACGGAGGCACCAUUGCGUGUGUCAAUGCGAAUCGGAAUUGCCUCGUGGUGGAGAUAAACACAAAGUGCGCGAAGGGCAUCGCGAUGAGGCUUCUGACAGACAUCGAUGACACACUCGCAUGUGAAACGCCGAAGAGGAAACAAAAGGCAUCGCAAGGCAGCUCGGCCUCGAACCUGUUUGGGGAUGCGGAAUCUGCCGGUAUUGAGCUUGUGGUCGACGGGGACACGGGCACUGCUGCUGGAGUGGCGCGGAUCGUCGGGCAGGGCGCACCAGUAGUUGUCGGGCCGUCUUGUGUGCAGAAAACUGCUUCCGGGCCAUCUGCUGAGCCUGCUUCCAGACCAUCUGUUAAGCCUGCUGAACAUGGUGCCGGGCAAGCCGGUGAGCGGCCACGUGUUUCCAGCGAGCCUGCUCCCGUGCCUGUUCCUAAGGCUGUUCCCGAUGCUGGACCUGAGGCUGAGACGCAACUUGUGGUCACGACUGCUCCCGCUUCUACAUAUGUUCAGCAGACUAUCCUGAGCCUCGCCUUGAGCCAGGAUUCAGACAGAGCGACUGCUGGCGGCAGGAGAGGGCGCAAACGAAAGGGCGGUGGCGAAGAGGUACUGAGUCCACCGGGGGGGGUAACGAUUGCCCUCAAGGCCAACACUCGCUCACGAAUUGGGAAGUGAGUGUGGUUGCAGCCCUGUGCCCACCUCGGCUGAGGGGACAACGCUUCAUUUAGAUAUAGCCCUAUAUGACAGUGUGUGGACACGCACUCGCCGUAUAGACCUA